AUGCCCAUCCUCCAGUACUCAGCUACCAGGAACAUCAUCUCGGUCGUUCCCAGCCCUAUUGCUCAUAUUCUUUAUUUGAUUCCCGGUCACACCUGGAACAUGGUUCCAGAUCACAUCUUUUCCUAUCACAUCUGUUUGUUUCAUGAUGUCGCAGAUCCCGGAGAUCCAUCCUGGAUCAUAUCCAGCUAUGAUACCCCAUGGUGGAUGGGAGAAACUGCAAUUCCGAACGAACCAUGGCAAUGGGAUCGGGUGAUGACUUGCUGUAUCUUUCACUACCAGCAUUGGCUAGAUGGCAUUGAGAAUGAUGGUCUGACAAUUCCGGAGCAGGUGGAUCAUACCUCAGUUCCAUCACUGAUGGGACUGAGGUGGAUUAGAGAACACCUCCUGACAUUACUUGAAGAGCAACGUGAGGGCAUCCGUGACAAGAUGGCAGAGAUACAAAUCUACACUGCCAUGCUGGACAGAUUGAAGAGAGGCAGAGGAGAGUAG